GAGAAAAAAAAUAUUUAAAAGAAGCUCGCUGCCCCUUUCCUGAUUGAUUGAAGAAGAGGACGAAACUGGUUCGAUAAACUGAUCGAAGAUGAAGAGGGUGAAACUGGUUCGAUACCGAAGACGGUGAAAGGAGGGCGUCUGGCGAGGAAGACUUGCAAUCGGAGCUGCUUUCUCGACUGACUUCAGAUCUCUCUUUCCUGUCCUUUUCGAGAGACGGGGGCAUCAUUGUCUCUCUCUCUUUUGCGCAUGGCCUGGCCGCUGGGAAUAGGUAUAGGUAGCUAUAGGAGUUGAUUGGUGGGUGUGGCUAGCACAUGGAUUUGUAGAUGAGAAGGGGGAUGGAGGGCGGCGGCCGAUUGGAGGGCGGAGAUGCUGGUGGCCGUCGCUUUUCCCUGGACCGUAGCAACCUCAGAGUGCUUCUCUGCGACAAGGAUCCUAAGAGCUCCCAAGAGGUUCUUCGGCUUCUCAACAACUGCUCCUACCAAGUGACAACUGUGAGGACUGCUAGACAAGUAAUUGAUAUGCUUACUAAUGGAAAUGAAAUUGAUAUUGUACUUUGUGAAGUUGACCUUCCUAUAGCCGAAGGAUUGAAAAUGUUGAAAUGCAUAUCCAGGAAAAAGGAUUUGAUGCGUAUUCCUAUUAUUAUGAUGUCUUCUCGAGAUGAGGUUUCAGUCGUUGCGAGGUGCCUGAGAUUGGGCGCAGCUGACUAUCUUGUGAAGCCUCUGCGUACUAAUGAGUUAUUGAACUUGUGGACGCACUCAUGGAGAAGAAGGCACAUGCUUGGGCAGGCAGAGAAGGAUUAUUUUAACCAGAGCAUUGGAAUGAUAUUCUCAGACCAUAGUGAUGCCAAUACUAAUAGCACUACUUUCCUCUCAGAGGACACUGAUGACAAGAUUAGGACUAGACACCAGGAAGUGACUCUAUUAGAUCAGAAGGAUCAUGAGUUUGAUGAAUCUCGUGCGGAAUCUGAUCAAAACAUUUUAUCAGAGGAUAAUGCUCUGCAGCAUUCUAAUCAUCCUGUUUCCUCAGGAAAAAUACUUUCAUGGCCUACGAAGAUGGAUCUAAAAAUCGGUCAGUCUUCUGCCUUUAUUACUUAUGUCAAGUCAAGAGCUCCAACUAGCCAUCUAGAUCGGGAUGCUACUCCACCUGGCCUUUUGAAUGGAAAGGAAAAUCUUCUUGUUAGAGGCAACAUUGAAAGCCACUUUCUGGAAAAUUUUGUCCCAAGUAACGAGGACGUUUGCAAUAGAAGUAUGUUACAAGAUCCCGAGGAAUUACCCGUUAUUGUACGUCACGCUUCUCCCUGUAAACAUUUACUUCCAAGAACUGAGGGACAAAUAGAUGUUCUUGGAAUGCAACCAAUGUUCCAUGUACCAUUUUAUCUCCAUGGACAUCCUUCAUCCAUGCAAGGGGUUCAGGGAACACUGUAUGAUGUACCUCAGUCUCAUCAUUCUCCUAUGAUGCAGCAUUUUGCUUACUAUCCUGUUCCCAUUAGUUUGCCUUCGGGGCAUAGGCCUCUGACGCAUCUGUACUCAUCCUCUACUAGUUCACAUAUGCCACAGUCAACAAAUGGUCUUGCUGAAAGGCGGGCAGCAGCCCUUAAGAAGUUUAAGCAAAAAAAGAAGGAACGGUGUUACGAUAAGAAGAUCAGAUAUAUAAACCGUAAGCGGCUUGCUGAGAAAAGACCAAGAGUGCGAGGGCAGUUUGUUCGGCAGGUGAAUGACGUUGAUGUUCAACUAAAUGAUUCUCCGGGUAUGAAUGAUUAUGAUUCUGAUGAGGAAGAAGAUGAACCUUUAUCCAGGGAAUAUGAACUUGAUUCUUCUCCAGAGCAUGAUACUUAUUGAGUGUUGAACAUUUAAAUAUGUUUAGCUUACAGACAGGUAAUUGGUAUUUAUUUAAAAGCAUUACCAAACGCCUCAUUUUUUACCAGUUUGGGGAAAAAGCAUACAGCUUAUUAAUGAUGGUUGCAUGGUGUUCUUUAAUAAGCUCUUCAGUAGUCCGUGUUAGUCCAUGACAACAAUUUCUUAGUUGAAUAUGUAGCAUAUUAUUGAAUUUUCAUUACACACACGAGUGGCUUUGAGUAUCACUAUCAUAUUUUAAGACUAGCACACUUUUGACUA